AUGCCAAGACAUCCUACCAAGGAAAUGCGCGGAAUGAGUAGCACUUUAAACCCGAGAGAAGAUAUGAACGAUAGCAAAGCCACUCUGCACGUGCCCUUAGAGGCAGAUACAUCGGCAACCGCCGACAUCCAACCAGCACCAAUCACAGUGGUCCGCCACGUUGGGAGUCUAAUCACGGAGCCCGUCACAACCGGGGAAAACGACUCGCUCCGUGAAAAUAUGACCGAACUGGGCUUGGACUCGGACAGCUUCGCCAGUGUUUUCCAGCGCGGCUUCGAGCAGAUAGCAUCAUGGUACCCAUUUCCAAAUGAGACCCUGACGGAUCUCAAACAGAACCAUCCUCUGCUCUUUGCUGUGUGUCUUCUAGCAGGUAUCCGCGCAACGGCUGAUCUAAACCGCACCAAUUUGCACAUAACCCUUCAUACAUUGGUCAAGACCCACUUAGGCAUGAAGACGCUAGAUACGCCCAUUGAUAUCUCCACCAUACACGCCAUGCUUCUCUUCAGUGCCUGGAGUUUUGGGCCUCUCGUGCCAGGUGGUAGGUAUAUUGAUAGCUGGUUGAUGAGCAGCACGACUAUCACCCACUGCAUGCUCAGCUUUCCUCUUUCUCGACUUGUCUCCCAAGUUGGGGUUUACGAUGAUUCGAAUCGGAACAUGUGCAGAAUGUGGAUUCAGGCAUCGCUGGUGCAUCUGAAAUACGCAAUUGGCACCGGUCGGCCAUCAGUAGUUUCAUGCGACCGUCUUCACCAGUGGACCGAGAUUGUCAAAUAUCCCGGGUUUCAAACGUUCGACCGCAUCAUUGCCGCAGAGCUCAAACUCUACAUCCACCUGUACGAAGCCAUUUAUCAUAAUGUCAGUUCGGUCCCGGAGGCCUGGGAGAAUGUCAACACAUGGGGACGCACGUAUUUUGGGGAAAGCAAUGUACUCAGAUGGGCGCACUGUUGCGCGUCCUUAAUUUUAUCUCGAUGGGAACUGGCAAAGCAGAAUCAAUCCAUAUCUCCGAGCUCGCUGGUGCGCAAUGAGCGGAUAAAUGAGCUGACCGAAACGGUCAUCUGUCAUGCUCAGCUGGUACUGAGAGAGAUCUUUGUCCUCUGCACUUCUGAGACAGCGUUUGUCAGGCCAACGUACGAUUACCUCCUUGCCGCAUAUGCGGGCGUCACUCUAGCGGAAUACUGCGCGAGUAUACCGGAUGUGCACGCAACAUAUACCUUGAUGGAAGAUGUUCGAACGCAGGCUAAGAUUCCCAAGAGCAUUGAGGGAGUGUUUAGUUGGGCAACAAAUGUUGUGCAGAAGAAGGCAAAGGAUAUUUUGGAUUCUAAAGCGACAAUAAUUCCCGAUGACAGUUUCUAUUCCUAUCCAGGCUCGGUCACAGACUGGGCGCCAUUUCGGUUCAUUGACUCGAUGCCCGCUUCUGAUUGGGACGGUGUGAAUGGCUCUAUGCAUCAAUUCUGA